GCUCUCAUUUUCUCACAUGCUUUUUGUUCUUUCGUCGCUUGUCCUCCACAGCAAAAGAAUACUUGCGCACACAACAGUACGCACAAAGCUCACGCUAACGGUAUCAAAAAGGCCAAGCGAAGCAAGUUUGUAUCAACUAAAGGUAUGGAUCCCAAGUUUUUGCGGAACCAAAAGUUUGCGAAGAAAUACAACGGAACCAAGCGUCGGCACGAUGAUGAGUAA